AUCUCGCCCAUCGACGUCCCGCUAAGCAAGCUACUUCAAGCACUCUCGAUGGUGCCAGUGCCUCCUCAAGGGAGCCUCUCUUUGGUUUUGUUCCCCGAAAUGUGACUGCAAAUCAAGUUCGCCUGGCAUUGGAACAUGAUAUAAAUCCAUUCACAAAGAAGCCCCACACUGUACAAUAUAAAAAGAUUCUCGAAGCCCGCAAAAAACUCCCCGUGUUUGAACAGAUGGUUGAGUUCUACAAGAUAUUCAAAAAAUACCAAAUCAUCGUCAUUGUCGGCGAGACCGGCUCAGGCAAGACCACGCAAAUACCUCAGUUCGUCGCCUACUCCGAUCUUCCGCACACUAGGAACAAGAUUGUUGCAUGCACUCAGACCCGUAGAGUUACCACUACGUCCGUGGCUAAGCGCGUCGCGGAUGAGAUGGACGUCCAACUCGGCCAAGAAGUCGGUUACUCGAUACGUUUCGAAGACAUGACCGAGCCUGGCACCACCUUCCUCAAAUAUAUGACCGACGGAUUGCUUCUCCGCGAAGCCAUGAAUGACCCCGAUCUCACCCGCUACUCCACUAUCAUCCUCGACGAUGCCCACGAACGUACCCUUGCCACCGACAUCCUCAUGAGCUUCCUCAAAACCCUUGCCCGCCGCCGUCCAGAUAUUAAACUGAUUAUCAUGUCCGCCACUCUCGAUGCGCUCAAGUUCCAGAAGUACUUCGCUGUCUCCGGCAACGCCCCCGUCCCGCUCUUUAAUGUCCCCGGUCGUACCUACCCUGUCGAGGUGUUCUACACCCGAGAACCAGAGCCAGACUUUAUCGAGGCCGCCAUUCGUACUAUAUUCUUAUUAUUCCUGACGGGUGAGGAGGACAUCAAGGAUGCGUGCCGCAAGAUCAAGCUCGAGGCGGACGACCUCGUCAACUCCGACCCCGAGAGCGUAGGCCCGCUCGUGUGCAUCCCGCUUCACUCAUGGCUACCGUUGCAACAGCUGAACCGCAUCUUCGACCCGCCGCCUAAAGCAGGCAGCCAGGAUGGUCCCCCAGGACGCAAGGUUGUGGUCAGCACGAACAUUGCGGAGACGUCGCUGACGAUCGAUGGGAUCGUGUACGUCGUCGACCCGGGGUUUUCCAAGCAGAAUGUGUAUAACCCGCGCAUCCGCGUGGAUAUUUUACUUGUGAGCCCGAUCUCCAAGGCGUCGGCACAACAGCGUGCGAGUCGGGCCGGGCGAACGAGGCCGGGCAAAUGCUUUAGGUUGUACACGGAGAAAUACUUCAUGUCGGAGCUCGAAGCGCAGACGCAACCAGCCAUUUUGACGAGUAAUUUAGCGAGUACGGUGCUGCAACUUAUCAAAGCUGGGAGUAAAGGUGAUCGUGAUGAUCUUGUCAAGUUUGAUUAUGUGGAUGAUCCAGCGCCAGAGACGUUAAUGAGGGCGCUGGAGCUAUUGAAUUACCUUGCGGCGGUGGAUGAUGAAGGGAACCUUACGCCACUGGGGAGUAUCAUGGCUGAAUUCCCUCUGGAUCCGCAGCUCUCGAAGACGCUGAUCGUCAGCCCGGAGUUUAAAUGUAGCAAUGAGAUCUUGACGAUCGCUGCGAUGUUGUCAGUACCGAAUGUAUGGCUACGGCCAAGUGACCAGCGAAACGAAGCGGAUGCUGCAAGGGCAGUGCUUACCGUCCCCGGUGGCGACCAUCUGACACUUCUGAAUGUGUACAACAACUAUAUUCAAAACCAAUAUGACAAAAACUGGACCUGUAACAACUAUCUAUCCACUGAAGCGCUAAUGGAAGUAGACAACGUGCGUGAGGAGCUGAAACAGACGAUGGAUCGGUUCGAGGUGGAGCUUGUGAGCGUGCAAGAUCAGAAGAAGAUGUUUUCGGCGAUCAAGCAGGCGUUGUGUUGUGGCUUUUUCAUGCAAGUUGCGCAUAAGGAGAAAGACAAGGGGCAUUAUAUCACGGCGAAGGAUAACCAGAUCGUAGUGCUGCAUCCGUCGUGCGGACUGCAUCCGCAGCCGGAGUGGGUGAUUUUUAACGAGUUUGUGCUUACGACCAAGCCAUAUUUACGGACCGUCACGGAUGUUCGACCAGAGUGGUUGCUUGAGUACGUGCCCUUGUACUUUGAUUUGAAGAAUUGGCCGGACAGUGAGACGAAGCGCUCGUUGGUGAGGACUGCGAUCAAGCGGGCGGGGGGGUUGGGCGUAGGUUGGGAGGCGGAGGGAUCAGUAAAGGGAGGAAGGGAGGUAAGGAGAAGUAAGAAGAAUAAGAAGAAGAAGAUGUAGGCUAUGUGUGAUCUCUUU